GAAGAACCUAUUCUAAUUAAUGGAAGAUUGAUAGAACCUCCUACAGGUUAUUUACAUUCUGUAUUAAUUCAUCACAAUGGGGGGAUCAGCUCUGAAGCAGAAAAUGAGGAGGAAGACAAGGCAAUAAAGACUCAUCAGAAUAAAAUCCUUCCCUCCCUGGAUGUUGCUAAACUUGAAAAAUCUAAUAGUGGAACUAUUGUGUGCUUCAAAUUUAUGCAGCAUAGAAAUUUACAAAAUUAUGGAAAUGAUGAAAUUAGCAUUGGAAUGAAAAGAGGAUUGAGCUUGAAUGAGUGUCGUUGUGCAUGUGCUAACACUUGGAAACUUGAAGAAAAAGCACAGUGUAAAAGUUUGCACUUUGGACGUGAAGAAGGUUUAUGUGAAUUAUUAAGUUCUGAUCAUAGCGGAAAAUCAGAUUUAGUUUUCAACAAAAGCAGUGAUUACCAUUAUGUUUCUUGUGAGAAAAAAUGUUUGUUUGUAUUUUUGUUUUAUUAA